GCGGGCCGCUCCUUCCCGGCCGGCGUCGGCAGCGCAGUGCGCAGGCGUGGCGGGCGGGUUUCCCCUGGCUACCGCCGGCGCCGCCGCCCGCUGCUCAGCCGCCCGGCGCCAUGGCGGGCUGCGCGGCGCGGGCUCCGCGGGGCUCCGAGGCGCGCCUCAGCCUCGCCACCUUCCUGCUGGGCGCCUCGGUGCUCGCGCUGCCGCUGCUCACGCGCGCCGGCCUGCAGGGCCGCACCGGGCUGGCGCUCUACGUGGCCGGGCUCAACGCGCUGCUGCUGCUGCUCUAUCGGCCGCCGCGCUACCAGAUAGCCAUCCGGGCUUGCUUCCUUGGCUUCGUGUUUGGCUGCGGGGUGCUGCUAAGUUUUAGCCAGUCUUCUUGGAAUCACUUUGGCUGGUACAUGUGUUCCCUGUCGUUAUUCCACUAUUCUGAGUACUUAGUCACAGCAGUCAACAAUCCCAAAAGUCUGUCCUUGGACUCCUUUCUCCUGAAUCACAGUCUGGAGUACACAGUCGCUGCUCUUUCUUCUUGGAUAGAGUUCACACUUGAAAACAUCUUUUGGCCAGAACUGAAGCAGAUCACCUGGCUCAGUGCCACAGGCCUGCUGAUGGUGGUCUUUGGAGAAUGUCUGAGAAAAGCGGCAAUGUUUACAGCUGGUUCCAAUUUCAACCACGUGGUGCAGAAUGAAAAAUCGGAAACCCAUACUCUGGUGACAAGUGGAGUGUACGCUUGGUUCCGGCAUCCUUCUUACGUUGGGUGGUUUUACUGGAGUAUUGGAACCCAGGUGAUGCUGUGCAACCCCGUCUGUGGCGUUGGCUACGCGCUGACAGUGUGGCGAUUCUUCCGCGAUCGGACAGAAGAGGAGGAGAUCUCAUUAAUUCACUUUUUUGGAGAGGAGUACCUGGAGUAUAAGAAGCGGGUCCCCACCGGCCUGCCUUUCAUAAAAGGGGUCAAGGUGGAGCUAUGACAUGCCGGGGGCCAGGGGGCCUCCCACUCCGUGCAGCCCAGGACAGAAGGGCCUCUGGUUGGCCGCUCUGCAGAAUGACUUUUCUUAAUCAUUUUAUAUGUCAUCAGUUACUCUUCUGGAAUACCACUCAAGACCAGAUGGUCAGAAGGCCUUCGGACCAGAGGACCCCACCACCGGAGCAAUCUGUCGUGGGCUGAAUCAAGCGAAGAUGUGGGUUAAGAUGGACAAGGAGCAAACAACAGCAAUAUUCAACAGUGCCCUCCAGAAGUGCCCGGUGUGAGCCCAGGCCACAUGCCAUCCCUUCGAGGCCACUGUGCAUUUAGGCUGAAACCAAGACCCCUAGGGAGAGGCAGACUCAUUACCUGAGUAAGACUUCUUCAGCAGGAGGGGGGCUGUGGGCUUCAGUGCUUUUUAGAGUUAGAAACACAUUCACAAUCUUUAACCGGAAAUCACACACGGCACAGCUUAACCUCCUCCUUUCUGUCCUUAAGUGCAUGAGCAUCUACAGUUUUAAAGACACUUCCUUAUAAGGCACUUUGGCCCUUCCUAUAUUUAAUCGUAUUUACAUAUCUAUUUUUUAUAAAUAGCAGUAUAUAAAUUCAAAGGGGACUUGGUGGUUAUAGCCCCAACUUUUGCUUCGCAGAAAGGAAGCAUCGACACCCAGACACCAAUUUGGCCAAGUGGCUUUGUGUCACCAGGGCACUCAGGGCCAGGGAGACCGUGGGCCCCUGUGGCUUUUCUGGGGUCCUGCUUUUCUUCUAAGAGGGUCUGUUAUCAGUGACAGACAUGUCAAAGAUGUGUCAUUUGUCCUUUAUCCCAGAAAUUCUUACUGAGCACCUGCUCUGUGCAAGCCACAGUUAACCGCUGAGAAAUACUGCUCUCCAUUUAUUUGGGAUUUUAGCAUUUUACCAUAGCCUAUAGUUCUAUGUAUUCACUUAAAUCUAUUAACUGUUGAUUUCUAUGUUCUGUUCUCAAAACUUCAUCGUCCCUGAUGCCAUUUCAAACUGUCUUCCAGGGGUUUGAGAGCGAUCACAACUACAAAAUUCAACCAAGUCGACUCGAGAGUCUUAAAUAGAGCAAAUAAUCCCAACUGAGAUUUAGUCAUAUUUUUGUUUUUCACAUUUGGGGAGAGUGGUUGGCUUUGAGUCAAACAUACACUUUAAAGACCCGUGUUUAAUUCUGGACUGGAUGGGAACUUGGUCUCAGUGCGCCCCCUUUCCAUGCAGUCUGUGGUGGCAACAAGGGUAUGUGAAUGUGACAGCAGCGGCAGCCCCUGGCCGGAGCACAGCCCUGCUGCCACGCCAUGCCACGCCACGCCACGCGGCUUCCCAGGAGCCACGUCACCUUUCCGUGCCUAGACCUCCCCAUCUGUAGAAUGGGGUCAAUACCACCUACCUCACGGGUGUCGUGAAGACUUAGAAGAAGGCCGUCCAAUGUUUUCAACAUACAGAUGAGAGAGAUGACAUACAUGGAAUCUACACUGUAUGAGCGUUACCCAAAAGUGGACGCUUGGUUACCUGUACCAGGUACUGGAAACGUGUUCUAAAGAGCAUUUUACCAACUCAAAAUAGUACUGAUUUCUAGAGUUCAUGGCCUAAUUCAUUUUUUCUUUAUUGUAUGUACCAAAGAGCUUUACGGGUUUGUUGAUUUCCGGCAUGACGCUUGCUGGUGUGAGAGGGCGAGACCCAAGCGGCAGCCCUCAGGAGGGUGGUGCAGUCAGACUGGCGAGGCCACUGCCAGAGCCCUGGGCAGUGGCUUCCUCGGGCGUGAACACGCCCGGUGGGAUGUCAGCAUGCACUUAACUUGGCAAACUCGAGUCGGAUCGGUUCUAAACUGUUCUGCAGACCAUGCUGAGCUAAGUAGACGCCACUUAGUAGGACUGCAAAAUGGAAAGGGGUGGCUGGGGCUUGGCAGCCAUCCCCGGGUCCUUGAGGGCAACUUCUUUCUUGCUUCAUCGAGCAGACUCAGCUUUACUGACACUUCUGGGGGCUGUGAAGUUGUCUUUUGAAUAGGUGGCGAGCCGCUGAGGAUGGCCCUGGCUUUGUGGAUGGGAAGUCACAGGUGGUGGAUUUGACCUUCCUCCACUUACCUGCCUGCAGUGCCAGGUGCUCAGAAGAUAGGCCUUGGUGUUGGGCAGUGACAUGCUGCCCUUAUGCCACCUGGGGCUCGCCACCUGAGGCUAGGUAUUCUGCUCUGCUUUAAAGAGCAAGUCGUGGGUGGGGGUGGUGAGAACGCUCACCCCCUGAUUUGUAAUCCCAGGGCAGAAGUCGGCAAUUACUUAGGGAUAAAAGAUGAACUAUUUAGGGCAGGGUUUGGCAAGUGAUUGACUUUCAUCUGGUCCUGAGAUCUUCAGAUUAUUUUUAACUGUAUAAAUUUAGCAGUGACAGCGUGCACGGCAGAGAAUCAGGUUAAUGAGGUACAUGCUUCCUGUUAUUCCCGAAAGCUUUUUGGGUAAAGGCCACGUCCCCAGUUCCCUCAAAUUAAGAAACUGUCAGGAGAUUUGGUUUUCCACUGCAGGUUUUAAAGUGGAGAUUCUUAAGUGGAACAUAGGCACUGCACAGAACAAAGCUGUUUUUGAAGCGGUCUAAAAUGAAACCUUUUUUUACAAGGAUUUUAUAAGGACUUGCAGGCUGGGCUGAGAAUGGCACUUUACAGGACAGGGAGUAGUAGGGUGAGCCUUGCGGAAAGCAAAAGGCAGCGUACCCCACCGUCCGGCACUGGCGUGACUCACUCCUUGAGCCUAAAAGUAAACUAUGAAUCCCUUCCAUCCAUUUCACACUCUGGGUAAUGACACGACGGGGGAAAUAGCCCUAAGCCAAUACUUGCGUCAGUAGGUGAGGCUCCGUAGGGCCUUGGCCACAGCUCAUUUUGGUAGCAGUCCCUCCGCAAGCCCGUCCCUUCUCUGCACUUUCUUACUGCCUUAGGUAGUUGAGCGCUCCCACCGAUUUUGCUUCUGUAGUGACCUGGUGAGGUUAGGCGGCCUCGGCAUCGCCAGCAUGGUGGGAGACGCUUGCUCUCUGCACUGCUAUGAAAGCUUGACGCCUGCCCUGGGCCUGGAAGACUGGCCCCUGGGAGUGGUCCCAGGCGCUUGCUCUUGGGAAGCUGUCCAUAGCUAGGAGAGUUCCUUAAUGGAGUAAUUAUUCUACUCUUCUUUUUACAUGCAGAAAUGUUUAUUUAAAUAUUUUAAAUUGGAUUUUCUUUUCACAGAUACUGAUUCUUUCCAAUUCUUAAAUAAAACUGCACUUGAUUUCA